GGUAAGUCAAGCAUUUUUCAUAUAUCUCAGAGUCAUAUGAUGAUGGAUAUAUACUUUUAGUUGACCUUUUAUGUAUAUUUACUAGUCUUUGUGAUGUGGGAUUAAAUAUAGUAAAUUAAGGAUGUGAUAUAACAGUCCUAACCAGAUAGAAAAUAAAUGGCUAUCAUGUCAAGCAUGUUUUUAGCUUUGUUUCUCUUUUAAAUAAGGUACUUGAAUUUAGUGUUAUCAAGUGUGCUAGGUGCACUAUAGGCUCUAGAACCCUUAUAUUGGUUGAGGUGCAAUGUGCAAAAAAAUCGGCUGCCUAAGUGAAGUAAGGUGCAAUAUGUAUAUAUGUGUGUCUACAUAUAAAAAAGCUUAAGACAUAUAAUUCUGAUAAUACACUGUAAAGACUGGUCCAUUUCUAAAUUCUGUCCUACAAAACAUGCAAAACUUCCUCUUUUCUUUUUUGGCCAAUAUGAAGAAAGCCUUUGUUUUUGCAAUGGCUAUACCUACAACAGUGGCAGUAAAUGGGGGCUUGAAGAUGGGAAGUGUUUCACAAGCUUAUUUAGAGAGCAAAAUAGUGAAGGAGACAAGGUCUUUGGUAUCUGAGCUUUUUCGCCAGUUCUAUAAUCUUGGAUGGGUCUCAAAAAUAGGUGGUAGCAUUGCCAUGAAGGUUCAUGAUAGUUGUAUCCCUAAGCCUCAGGAGCUCAACCUUAUGUCCCCUUCUGCUGACAAGCUCAAGGAAGAAGUGAGGCUAAUGACUACACUUGAGGAAGAGAUGGAGCAUAAAGAUAAAGUAAGGAUGGUCAAGCUCCGCGCUCUAGGUAACAUUCCUUUAAUUGUGCUACGGCCCAGACUAUCCAGACUGAUAAUUGGCUGCUUACUGAUCUCACCAACUGAAAUCCGUGGUGCCCUUGGAUCUAUAAACCAACUUUUUAUAUGUAUUGGGAUUCUUGCAGCGUUGAUGGCUGGAUUACCUUUAGCUGGAAACUGGCUAUGGUGGAGGACAAUGUUUGGUAUUGCUGUUGUCCCUUCUAUUUUAUUGGCGCUAGGAAUGGCUUUGUCCCCAGAAAGUCCUUGGUGGCUGUUUCAAGUUUCUUAUUGGACCACUCAGUCUUUUUAUUUUGCGUUUCUAUUCAUCUCACAUUGAUAUAUAUAAUAUUGAUUCCUUAUUGAUUGAACACAUCAAUUUCACAUCAAGGGAAAAUUCCUGAAGCUGAAAAAUCUGUAAGAACAUUAAAUGGAAAGGAAAGAGUUGCUUAGGUUAUGUAUGAGUUAAGAACUGCAGGUCAGGGUUCUACAGAACAAGAAGCAGUAUAUUGGAGUUGAGUAUGGAAAAGGUUUUGAGACCUUUAGGCUGGACAGGCCUUUAAAGGUUGAUGUGGAUUACUUGAAUGGUAGAUUACAAGAAGGUUUUCUUAAGCGAAUUUGCUAUACCAUGAAACCAAAUGAAGCAUAUGGUCUAAUUUUCUCUUGGGAUAAUGUGGUGGUAAGUCAAGCAUUUUUCGUAUAUCUCAGAGUCAUAUGAUGAUGGAUAUAUACUUUUGGUUGACCUUUUAUGUAUAUUUAUUUGUCUUUGUGAUGUGGGAUUAAAUAUAGUAAAUUAAGUAUGUGAUAUAACAGUCCUAACCAAAUAGAAAAUAACUGGUUAUCAUACCAAACAUGUUUUUAGCCUUGUCUCUCUUUCAAAUAAGGGACUUGGAUUCAGUGUUAUCAAGGGUGCUAGGUGCACUAUGGGCUCUAGAACCGUUAUAUUGCUCGAGGUGCAAUGUGCAAAACAAUUGGUUGCCUAAGUGAAGUAAGGUGCAAUAUGUAUAUAUGUGUGUCUACAUAUAAAAAAGCUUAAGAUAUAUAAUUCUGAUAAUAAACUGUAAAGACUAGUCCAUUUCUAAAUUCUAUCCUACAAAACAUGCAAAACUUCCUCUUUCUUUUUUGGCCAAUAUAAAGAAAGCCUUUGUUUUUGCAAUGGCUAUACCUACAACAGUGGCAGUAAACGGGGGCUUGAAGAUGGGGAGUGUUUCACAAGCUUAUUUAGAGAGCAAAGUAGUGAAAGAGACAAGGUCUUUGAUAUCUGAGCUUUGUCGCCAGUUCAAUAAUCUUGGAUGGGUCUCAAAAAUAGGUGGCAGCAUCACCAUGAAGGUUCAUGAUAGUUGUAUCCCUAAGCCUGAGGAGCUCACCUUUAUGUCCCUUUUUGGUACCUAUUUCUCUAUCAAUCACCUUUUUUUUGCUUCUGAAUAGUUAGUAUUGAAGGUCAAAGAUGUGUUUUUUAAACCUUUUUGUGAUUAUUUUUUAGUUUUUGAUAUCUGGACCAUUGUUAUUGUAGCUUAAUUAUUGGUUUGUCUUAUUUUUUGGUUCUUGGAUCCUGGCUAUUUGUUACUGAAGCUCAAAGUCCAUUUUUUUGAUGACUAAUUUGGGAAGUUUGACUUGGGUUAUUAUUUUAGCUACGUUGUUGUUAUUAUUAUUAUUAUUAUAACUUUUUGGUUUCUAGGUUUUGUUAUGCAAGCUAAAAGUUGUAUUUCUUAUGAUUAAUUUGGGAUGUUUGAUAUUAUAGGUUUUUUAUUGUCUUAGCUUAGUAUUUACUUUUCAUAGUUCUUUUGGCUUAUCUGCAUUUCAUAUCCAAGCUCAAGUCAGUCUUUGUGUAUUAAUUUGGAAUGUUUGCUAUAUGGGUUGUUGUUUUUCUAUGAAAGCUAGUUUUCAUUCUUUAUUUUCAUCUACUAAAAUUGAUGUAUUCUUGCAUUUUUAUAAGGUUGCACUACCAUCCAUUUGAUGUUAAUGAUGCCAGGAAUUGAUGGUUAAGAUGUUGAAGAUUAAUUGUAAAUAGAAAAACUCACAAAAGUUGACAACUCAUAAGAAUUUGAAUAAUGUCAUAAUAUUGUUAUUGGAUUAAGAUUAUAAAAGUUCACUACCAAGACUAGACACUAAGGGAUACAAAAACAGACAACACCCUAAAAAUUUUAAUCAAGGAUAUAGAACUAUAGAAGUUCACCACUCUAAGAAAUUCACCUAAAAGAUGCAAAACUUGAGAACAAUCUAAAAGAUUGCUUAUGGAUAAAACAACACUAUUCCUACCUUAAGAUUGCCUUUUUUUAUUGCUGAAUUGACAGAAUCACCUUCAAUCUUGUCCUGCUGAAAUGGUACCUAAAAUCAUGGGAUUUGCAUGUGAAUGUAAUAAUCUGUAGUGUGAACAUAAUUAGCUAUCUAUUUAUUCCUGCAAAUUACAAGCCUUGCACAUUGAUAAUGUGCUUAAUAUUUGGUGUCUAGGUUCAUCCAUGAAUCUGACUAUAAUCCCAUCCAUCUUCAUUCUCUCCUUUUCUAGCUAUUGUGAACACAAUCUCUCUAUUCUAGCUCCCCUUAUUUUUACAUUUGUUUAAUGGACUUGGAUCAAUGAUAUGCCAAUUUUAGUUUUGGAUAAGUCCUCCUUAAUCUCAGCCCAAGUUGUAAGAUGUGUUGAGACUCCGGUGUCAGUUAAAGUAUGUCAUAUGCAUAUUUCAGGUAGCAGUUAUUUUAGGGGAUGCCCACCAUGCUCUAGAGAUAUGUAGGUGUCAGCAGAAAUUGCAGAUUAUCAUAUCAAGAAUCAAAUUUUAAAUGUGAAUUCUUCUACGUGCAAAUAAGCUUUAUAGAAUAAUUAGAAUUUGUUGCGAGGUUUGCAUGUUGUAUUAUUUUGAUUAACCAAUUAUUUGUUGUGAUGACCAAUUUUGUUUGGUGGAGCUGACAAGCUCAGGGAAGAAGUGAGGCUAAUGACUACCCUUGAGGAAGAGAUGGAACAUAGAGAUAAAGAAGGGAUGGUCAAGCUCCGCACUCUAGGUAACAUUCCUUUGAUUGGUAAGCUUCUGAAGCAGAAAAUGGUACCUAAGAAAAUAGUCCAUCAUAUCAUACAGGGAACUUUUGGGCCCUAAUACUAGAGCUUGCCCUGCAGAGGAGAAUGUUGAAGCCAUUUGUCAGGUCUUCAACACUAUUGGUAAGCAACUUGAUGAGAGUUCAAAAUCACAGCGCAUAAAUGAUAUGUACUUUACGAGACUGAAGGAAUUGAUUUCAAAUCCUCUGCUUGCGCCAAGACUGAGAUUUAUGGUUCAUGAUGUUCUUGAUCUGCAUGCAAACAAAUGGAUUCCCAGGCAUGAGGAGGUAACUCAUAAAUGCCAUCAAAUUCUGUGUUAGAUUAGAUAUUUUUUUGUGUUGUGUAGAAGGCACCAAUUAGGUAGCUUCUUGUGGCUUAUAGAAAAUGUGAUGGUCCUUUUAUUGGGCAAAAAUCAGUGUCCAGACAUUCUUGUGGCUUUGAUGACUUUUACUUGGGCAAUAGCCAAUGCUCAAGUCUAUCUUUGAUAGAGAUUAAGAGUGAGCCAUCAUACCAAGACGCAUUAAAGACUUGCUCAAAUCUUAGUUCUUCAUUUGAUGGUUCAUGCCAAAAAUGCACCGAUGCAAUGCAAAAUGUGGUGGAUAACCAAUCGGAACUGUUGCAAAGGAAAAAAAAAUCAUAUUGAAAGAGCAAUAUGUGGAUUGGCAGUUGUUAUUUCAAUUGCUGCUGCAAAAAUUGAUAAUUACCCUUUCAUCGAUGAUUUGUUUAGAUGUACGUCUUCUUCAGACAAUUUAGGUAAGAAUCAGAAAUUAGGUAGUAUCACUUUUACCUUUUUUUCAAUUAUUUUGUUUUGAGUUAUAACUGUACUGUUUUGCCUAACAAAUCAUAGCUACAUCAAAAUGAAAUGCAAGUGUAACCAUUUUUCUACUUGUUACUGUUGAAUACAAAUCGAGGGCUAUUAGGCUGACAUGGUAGGAGCAAACUUUAAAGAUUACUUUUCAUUAGUUAUUUAUGCUAAGAUGCAUUGGUUUUGACAUGCUAACCAAAUUGAAACAUAUAACUUUUUUACUCUAUAAAGUCUUUCAACUUCUAAUACUCACUAAAAUGAUUCUGGUGUUGGUGUUGCAUUCCAUGCUCCUAGGCGUGAGGAGGUAAUUCAUGAAAAUUUGCUUUGCAUUCCAUGCUCUCUCUUGACACCAAGAUUGGUUUAGUUAAUCUAUUCGGUGCAACUAGAUUUUUUUGCAUUAUAUAAUUACUAAUUAUGCUGUUUUCAUUGAGUAUUUUCUUUGAAUUUUCAUGGAAGAAUGAUAAAACUUGAUAGUUCCAACUGCAACUAAGAGAGUUCAAGAGCUGGAAUGGUUAAAGAAAGACUUGGAGAGGGGAAAUUAGGAGUUGCAGGCUUUGUAGAACUAGGAAUUAACAACAUAAACUUUUUCUUAAAUUAUUACUUUAUAUUAA